AUGACUUCGGAUGCAGCCAUAGACCUGAUCUCGACUACCCAGACCCAUGUUCCCAAUUACAAGUGUGGCAAGCAAAAUGAUUUGCUGGCUGUCUUUGAAGCAUUAGACUCAGAUAACUCCAUCCAGCUUUCCAACAUGCUGGGCAUCUACAAUAUUCCACAGGUCCUGAGAGAUAAAAGCCACUCCCGUUCCUUCUACAGGAUGGUCCCUGAAGAAGGCAUCCAGUAUCCAGGAAUUGUCAAACUGCUGCUGCAUUUCGGGUGGAGGAUGGUGGGUCUCUUUUCAGUGGACACUGAGAAUGGAGAAAAGUUCAUGAGAACCCUGAAACCGGAGCUCCUCAGGAAUGGGAUAUGUGUGACUUUUUCACACAGCAUCUCACAAAUGAAAUCGGAUGCUGAACUUUGCCUGAAGUGUCCAGAAGACCAGCAUCCAACCCAGGCCAGGGAUCAGUGCAUCACCAAGGCCGUCACCUUCCUCUCCUAUGAAGAAUAUUUGGGGACCUUCCUUACUUUCUUGGCCUUACUUUUCUCGAUAACCACAGUAAGCAUUCUGGGAAUCUUCAGAAAAUUUCAAGAAACACCAGUAGUCAAGGCCAACAACCGAGACCUCUCCUACAUCCUUCUUGUCUCCCUCUUGCUUUGCUUUUCAUCCUCUUUCCUCUUCAUUGGUCAGCCAAGAAGCAUCACCUGCCUCCUCCGACAAACAGCCUUCAGCAUCAUCUUUACAGUAGCCAUCUCCUCCCUCCUGGCCAAAACCAUCACCGUGGUGCUGGCCUUCCUUGCCACCAAGCCAGGGAACUGGGCAAGGAACUGGUUGGGGAGGAGUUUGGCCAACUCCAUUGUCAUUUUGUGUUCCAGUGUUCAAGUUGUCCUCUCCACCAUCUGGCUGGGGACAUCGCCUCCCUUUUCUGACUCUGACAAGCACUCCCAGGCUGGACACAUCAUCCUGCAGUGUAAUGAAGGCUCUGUGGCCAUGUUCUAUGCUGCCCUCGGCUACAUGGGCUUGCUUGCUGCCAUCUGCUUCACGGUGGCCUUCCUGGCCAGGAAGCUGCCUGGGGCCUUCAAUGAAGCCAGGCUGAUCACCUUCAGCAUGCUAGUCUUCUGCAGUGUCUGGGUGUCCUUCGUGCCCACCUACCUGAGCACCAGGGGCAAGUACAUGGUGGCUGUGCAGGUCUUCUCCAUCUUGACCUCCAGUGCUGGGCUUCUGGGCUGCAUCUUCCUCCCCAAGUGCUACAUUAUUUUAGUGAGGCCUCACCUGAACACCAAGGAGUAUCUUAUGUCGAAAAACAAAACAUAA